CGGCACGGGGGUCGGCGGAGGAGCUGUUGCCUGGAGACAUCUGAGCCACAGUUGGGGAAACCGAGGCCGGGAAGCUGAAAGAAAGAGACAGGGUUCACUGUCUGCCCCGCGGGCCUCCUCACAGCCCUCGCCAGUUCUCUGAGGUGAUGGCUUCUGGCGUCGGGAGUCACAGUGACAACAGUAGGAGCCACCAUUGAUUCUGCGUCUGCUGGGUGCAAAGCCUGGAGCUAACCCUUUCCUCUCGUCCUUUCACUCACCUUCACAAUAGCUCUGCGAGAUUUGUGGAUAGUCAUAGCCUCUGCCAGUGAUGGGAAGUUAUACCUUGUGUUGGUUCUGAAUCUCCCUGAAUAUGAUUCGAAUUGCAGCCUUAAAUGCUAGCUCCACAGUUGAGGAUGAUCAUGAAGGAAAUUUUAAAAGUCACAAAACCCAGACGAAGGAGGCUCAGGAAGCAGAGGCUUUUGCCUUAUAUCACAAAGCUCUGGAUCUGCAGAAACAUGACCGAUUUGAGGAGUCUGCCAAAGCCUACCAUGAGCUUCUGGAGGCACGCCUGCUGCGGGAGGCAGUUUCAUCUGGUGAUGAGAAAGAGGGAUUGAAACACCCUGGGCUGAUACUGAAAUAUUCCACAUAUAAGAACCUGGCUCAGUUGGCAGCCCAGCGAGAGGAUCUGGAGACAGCCAUGGAGUUCUACUUGGAGGCAGUAAUGUUGGACUCAACAGAUGUCAACCUCUGGUAUAAAAUUGGACAUGUGGCCCUGAGACUCAUCCGGCUCCCCCUGGCCCGUCAUGCUUUUGAGGAAGGGCUGCGGUGCAAUCCUGACCACUGGCCUUGCUUGGACAACCUCAUCACUGUCCUGUACACCCUCAGUGAUUACACAACGUGUCUAUACUUUAUUUGCAAAGCACUGGAGAAGGAUUGCAGGUACAGCAAAGGGCUGGUUCUCAAGGAGAAGAUCUUCGAGGAACAGCCUUGUCUCCGGAAGGACUCUCUCAGAAUGUUCCUCAAAUGUGACAUGUCAAUUCAUGAUGUGUCAGUGAGUGCUGCUGAGACAAAGGCCAUCGUAGAUGAGGCCCUGGGACUUCGGAAAAAGAGGCAAGCAUUGAUUGUGCGGGAGAAGGAGCCAGAACUGAAACUGGUGCAGCCAAUCCCCUUCUUCACGUGGAAGUGCCUUGGAGAGAGCUUGCUGGCUAUGUACAACCACCUCACCACCUGUGAGCCCCCACGACCCAGCCUUGGCAAGAGAAUUGACCUGUCUGACUACCAGGACCCCAGCCUGCUGCUAGCAUCCUCCAUGGUGGUGACGCCUGUCAGUGUGAUCCAGCCGAGCCCUGUCAACACCAACCCAGCCAUAGCUGUGGCUGAGCCUGUGCUCUCCUAUACCUCUGUGGCAACAGCUAGCUUCCCACUGCACAGUCCCAGCUUGCUGGAUACAAGCACUGCUGUGGGAGAUGUUUCUGGGGGAGAUAAAUCCAAGAAAGGGGUAAAGCGGAAGAAGAUUUCAGAAGAGAGUGGAGAGACUGCAAAGCGGAGAUCUGCCCGUGUCCGAAACACCAAGUGUAAAAAAGAAGAGAAAGUGGACUUCCAGGAGCUUCUGGUGAAAUUCUUGCCAUCCAGGUUAAGAAAGCUGGACCCUGAGGAGGAAGAUGAUCCCUUUAAUAACUAUGAAGUCCAAUCAGAAGCCAAACUGGAAAACUUCUCAAGCAUGGGGCCUCAUCGACUGUCCUUUGACUCGGCCACAUUCAUGGAAUCUGAGAAGCAGGAUGUACAUGAGUUCCUACUGGAGAACCUGACCAAUGGGGGCAUUCUGGAGUUGAUGAUGCGCUACCUGAAGGGCAUGGGCCACAAGUUCCUGCUGAGGUGGCCACCAGGCCUGGCAGAGGUUGUGCUCAGCGUCUACCACAGCUGGAGGAGGCACAGCACCAGCCUGCCCAACCCACUGCUAAGAGACUGCAGCAACAAGCACAUCAAGGAUAUGAUGCUUAUGUCUCUUUCCUGCAUGGAGCUCCAAUUGGACCAGUGGCUGUUGACCAAAGGCAGAAGCUCUGCAGUGUCUCCUCGUAACUGCCCUGCUGGUAUGGUGAAUGGCAGAUUUGGGCCUGACUUCCCAGGAACCCACUGCCUGGGUGACCUCCUGCAGUUGUCAUUUGCCUCAUCCCAGCGUGACCUGUUUGAGGAUGGCUGGCUAGAGUUUGUGGUCCGUGUUUAUUGGCUGAAGGCUCGUUUCUUGGCACUGCAGGGAGACAUGGAGCAGGCUCUGGAGAACUAUGACAUCUGCACAGAAAUGCUCCAGAGUUCCAUUGCCAUCCAAGCAGAGGCAGGGGCUGAGCAAAGGGACAUUGUUAUCCGGCUGCCCAACCUCCACAAUGACUCCAUCGUUUCCCUGGAGGAGAUUGAUAAGAACCUGAAGUCACUAGAACGGUGCCAGUCCCUGGAGGAGAUUCAGCGGCUUUAUGAGGCAGGUGACUACAAAGCUGUUGUGCAUCUGCUCCGCCCCACUUUGUGCACCAGUGGGUUUGACCGGGCCAAACAUCUAGAAUUUAUGACUUCUAUUCCUGAGAGGCCAGCCCAGUUGCUUCUGCUACAGGACUCCUUGCUCCGGCUGAAGGAUCACCAGCAGUGUUUUGAAUGCUCUGAUGUGGCUCUGAACGAAGCUGUCCAACAGAUGGUGAAUUCAAGUGAGGCUGCAGCCAAGGAGGAGUGGGUAGCCACAGUGACCCAGCUGCUACUGGGCAUUGAGCAGGCACUCUCUGCCGACAGCAGUGGCAACAUCCUGAAGGAAUCAUCCUCCACCACUGGCCUUGUCCGGCUCACCAAUAACCUCAUUCAGGUCAUCGACUGCAGCAUGGCUGUGCAGGAAGAGCCCAAGGAGCCCCAUGUCUCCUCAGUGCUACCCUGGAUCAUCCUGCACAGGAUUAUCUGGCAGGAAGAGGAUACCUUCCGUUCCCUGUGCCACCAGCAGCAGCUUCAGAAUCCAGUAGAGGAAGGUGCACUGGCAACAGGAAUGUCAGAGACACCCAUGCUCCCCUCCUCCCUCAUGCUGCUCAAUACAGCCCAUGAAUACUUGGGAAGAAGGUCCUGGUGCUGCAAUUCAGAUGGGGCUCUGCUACGAUUCUAUGUGCAAGUUCUCCAAAAGGAACUUGCUGCCUCCACUUCUGAAGACACACACCCCUAUAAGGAGGAGCUGGAGACAGCCUUGGAGCAGUGCUUCUACUGCCUGUACAGCUUCCCUAGCAAGAAGAGCAAGGCCAGGUACUUAGAGGAGCACUCAGCCCAGCAGGUGGAUCUUAUAUGGGAGGAUGCCCUGUUUAUGUUUGAGUAUUUUAAGCCCAAGACCCUUCCUGAAUUUGACAGCUACAAGACCAGCACUGUAUCUGCUGAUUUGGCCAAUCUCCUGAAAAGAAUUGCUACCAUUGUGCCCCGUACAGAGAGGCCAGCACUGAGCCUAGACAAAGUCUCUGCUUACAUUGAGGGGAUAUCAUCUGAGGUGCCCUGCCUCCCAGAAGGGGCUGACCCCUCUCCUCCAGUAGUAAAUGAACUCUACUACCUCCUGGCUGAUUAUCAUUUCAAAAACAAGGAGCAGUCCAAGGCCAUCAAAUUCUACAUGCAUGACAUCUGCAUCUGCCCUAACAGGUUUGAUUCCUGGGCAGGCAUGGCUCUGGCCCGGGCCAGUCGCAUUCAGGAUAAGUUGAACUCCAAUGAGCUGAAGAGUGAUGGACCAAUCUGGAAACAUGCCACACCUGUCCUGAACUGCUUCAGGCGGGCCCUGGAGAUCGACAGCUCUAACCUGUCCCUGUGGAUUGAGUAUGGCACCAUGUCCUAUGCCUUGCACUCAUUCGCUUCACGCCAGUUGAAGCAAUGGAAAGCGGAGCUGCCUCCUGAGCUUGUGCAGCAGAUGGAGGGCCGGAGAGACAGCAUGCUGGAGACAGCCAGGCACUGUUUCACAUCGGCAGCUCACUGUGAGGGCGAUGGUGAUGAAGAGGAAUGGCUCAUCCAUUAUAUGCUAGGCAAGGUGGCUGAGAAGCAGCAGCAACCACCAGCCGUCUAUCUGCUGCACUAUAGGCAGGCUAGCCACUAUCUGCAUGAGGAAGCUGCCCGCUAUCCCAAGAAGAUCCACUACCACAACCCACCUGAGCUGGCCAUGGAGGCCCUGGAGGUGUACUUCCGGCUCCAUGCUUCCAUCCUGAAGCUCCUGGGAAAACCCGAUUCUGGGGUUGGUGCAGAGGUCCUGGUCAACUUUAUGAAGGAAGCAGCGGAAGGACCCUUUGCCAGGGGUGAGGAGAAGAAUACACCCAAAGCUUCAGAGAAGGAGAAGGCCUGCCUGGUGGAUGAGGACUCCCACUCUUCAGCUGGGACACUGCCGGGCCCCGGAGCCUCCCUCCCCUCUUCCUCUGGCCCAGGUCUGACAUCCCCACCUUACACAGCCACUCCGAUUGACCACGAUUACGUCAAAUGUAAAAAACCCCACCAGCAGGCGACGCCGGACGCAUUGGCACCUCCUUGCCCUCCCUGGAGUGUUGAGCUUGCUGCCUGUUACUCCAGUCUUCAGUUCUGUGGAAAUUCCUUAAACCGAAGCCAGGACAGCACAGCCGUGGCGCUCUCAGACUCCAGCUCAACGCAGGACUUCUUUAACGAGCCCACCAGCUCACUGGAAGGCUCCCGGAAACCCUAUGCAGAGAAGAGGUUGCCCAUGCUCAGUGCCCAAACAGGACCAACUGGUAAAGACCUUCAGGGGGCCACAGAUGAAAGAGGAAAGACUGAGGAGUCCUCAGAGAGCACAGAAGGCUUCCGGGCUGCAGAACACGGAGUCCAGAAACCUGCUGUAGACCCCCUGGCCUCUGGUUGUAUUCCUGUCAAGGCCCCAGUGUCCACACCUGCUUUGUGGGAUGGGAAGAAGAGGGGUGAACCCCCAGGGGAGCCAAUGGCCUUCCCCCAGGGGCUCCCAGCUGAUGCCGAAGAACAGCGCCAGUUCCUCACAGAGCAGUGCAUCGCCUCUUUCCGCCUAUGCCUGAGCCGCUUCCCCCAGCACUACAAGAGUCUCUAUCGACUGGCCUUCCUCUAUACCUACAGUAAGACCCACCGGAACCUCCAGUGGGCCCGAGAUGUGUUGCUAGGCAGCAGUAUCCCAUGGCAACAACUGCAGCACAUGCCGGCACAGGGGCUCUUCUGUGAGAGGAACAAGACCAAUUUCUUCAAUGGCAUCUGGCGGAUCCCUGUGGAUGAGAUUGACCGGCCGGGCAGCUUCGCCUGGCACAUGAACCGCUCCAUUGUGCUGUUGCUUAAGGUGCUGGCCCAGCUCCGGGACCAUAGCACCCUGCUGAAGGUGUCCUCCAUGCUGCAACGGACCCCAGACCAGGGCAAGAAGUAUCUACGAGAUGCAGACCGCCAGGUUCUGGCACAGAGGGCCUUCAUUCUCACUGUGAAGGUGCUGGAGGAUACACUGAGUGAGCUCGCAGAGGAGUCAGAACGCCCAGGGCCCAAGGCCUGUAGCCUCCCUGGAGCCAGGAUGACCACCGAUGUCUCACACAAGGCCAGUCCUGAAGAUGGCCAGGAGAGCCUCCCCCACUCCAAGAAGCCCCUUUUGGCCGAGGGCUCAGGACCAGGUCCYGAGCCAGGGUGUAAAGUUGGCCCACUCAACCACCGGUCCAUGGCCAUGGAUGCAGGAGACAGUGCAGAGCAGGGCAAGGAACAGAAGGACAAGGAGAGUCCCAGAGGAGGGCCUACUGAGCCUAUGGACACGGGUGAGGCUGUUAUUCAUCGCCCAGACUUGGAGCGGACACCAGCUGUGCUGCCGGGUCGCCCCCCAAGGGACCGGGGCCCUGAGAGCAGGCCCACUGAGCUGUCCCUGGAGGAACUGAGCAUCAGUGCCCGCCAGCAGCCCUCUCCAUUCACACCAGCCCCACCAGUCUCCACUACCAACUCUUCCCCAACCACUGCCACAGGAGCCAGGGGGGUCAGCCAUCCUGAGGAGCCACCCCCACGGCCCAGCCGCAAGAGGAAACUUCUGGAGGAUACUGAGUCUGGCAAGACACUCUUGCUGGAUGCCUACCGUGUGUGGCAGCAGGGCCAGAAGGGUGUGGCCUAUGACUUGGGCCGCAUUGAAAGGAUCAUGUCAGAGACCUACAUGCUCAUCAAGCAGGUAGAUGAGGAGGCUGCACUGGAGCAAGCUGUGAAGUUCUGUCAAGUCCACCUUGGGGCUGCUGCCCAGAGACAGACCUCAGGGGACAUGCCUACCACCCCCAAGCACCCUAAGGACAGCCGAGAGAACUUCUUUCCUACAGUGGUAAGCACCAUAACACCUGACCCUGUGCCAGCUGAUGUGCUCCAGCGACCCAACGACAUCCACACCAAACCUCGCCCUGCACUGGCUGCUGCCACAGCUGUCAUCAGCUGCCCUGCCUCAGUAUCAGCCUCUACUCCAGAUUCAUCCAAGGAUCCUGGGCCCCCCCAACCACACAGGCCCGAAGCCACCCCCAAUGUGGCCUCUCUGGGCCCAGAGGGAGAAGAGCUGGCAGGAGUGGCAGAGAGCACUGGCUUCCCACCUCAGGAGCCACGACGCAAUCAACAGGUGAAGACUGCCCCCACAGGUCCCCCAGUAGAGCCACACUGCUGGCCAACAGAGGCUACCCCCCAGAUAGGUGCCGAGACCACCUGCAGCCAAGCUGCCAGCUCCAAGGUCCCCAGCAGUGGGAGUACUCAGCCACCUGAGGGCCAUCCAGGCAAGGCCGAGCCCAGCCGGGCCAAGUCCCGCCUCCUGCCCAACAUGCCAAAGCUGGUGAUCCCCUCGGCCACCACCAAGUUCCCUCCCGAGAUCACCGUCACACCGCCCACCCCGACCCUGCUCUCCCCUAAAGGCAGCAUCUCGGAGGAGACCAAGCAGAAGCUAAAGUCGGCCAUCCUGUCUGCCCAGUCAGCUGCCAACGUGAGGAAGGAGAACCUGUGUCAGCCAGCUCUGGAGGUUCUGGAGACAUCCAGCCAGGAGUCUUCACUAGAGAGUGAGACAGAUGAGGAUGAUGACUACAUGGACAUCUGAGGAAGGCCUGCCGGAGCCCCACAGCCACACCCAAGGGGACAGGGUGGGCCUGGAAUCCCCUUUGGCCCAGACCCUGAGCAAGCCCAGAAACCUAAGUGGGUAUUAUUUCUCAUGCAGCCUCCACCGCCCACCAGCCCUGUCUUCCCAGCAUCCUGCUGUUCACAGAUUGGGCUGUCCACACCCACAGUGUGGGGGCCCAGAGGAAGAGGAGGAGGCCCAAUUUAGCCCUGUGAGGAUGGAUUGGUGUAUCUGCACAACAGGGCCAGCAUCAUUUUCUAUGAAAUGUUUGUAAACAUGCUCAUACCUAGCCCAGCAGGCUGUAUCUACAACCUGACCCCAGGACAAAGUGGGUUCUGCCUAGAUCCCAGUGCAGGCAUCACCUGGGCCAGGCUUGCCUCACACCUUUUUUUUUGGGGGGGGGGUGUUCUUUUUUA